UGAAGCUGCUGCAGCUUUUCCUUCCUUCCAACGUAAAGCGACGACAAAUCCCCAAAAAUCCAUCCGCAGGUUUCGCCGAAAUCCGCCGGCCAACCGGCGUGCUCCGCAGCAUCCCCAAAACCUAUUCCGAAACCAAAAUUGAAAUCCAAACCCAACAAAACCUCCCGAUUCUCGCCCGGCAACAGCAAUCCAGAACAAAAUCGAGCAGAAAAUUUGAUCAGGAAACAGAGGAAGGUCGAAGGGGAUGGGAUUGUUUGAUUUGGAGUCGCAUUUUGCCUUCUAUGGCGCCUAUCACAGCAAUCCGAUUAACGUCUUUAUCCACAUGAUAUUCGUGUGGCCGAUCGCUUUCACGCUCCUGGUGGUUCUGUAUUUCACGCCGCCUCUCGUCGAGCACUCGCCGAUUCCGUUGGGGAGCGGCGGCGCCUACUUGGUGCUCAACUAUGGCUUCCUUUUGGCCUUGAUUUACGCGCUCUAUUACGUGAGUUUGGAUAGGAGAGCGGGGGCGCUCGCCGCUCUGAUGUGCUUCCUUUGCUGGAUUGGGAGCAGCGCUCUCGGCCAUCGCCUCGGGUUUUCCAUGGCGUGGAAGGUUGUUCUUGCGUCGCAGAUAUUUUGCUGGACCUUUCAGAUCAUUGGCCACGGCAUGUUCGAGAAGCGCGCGCCGGCUCUUUUGGACAACCUCACCCAAGCGUUUCUUAUGGCGCCGUUCUUCGUCUUGCUCGAGGCUUUGCAAUCGGGUUUCGGUUAUGAACCUUACCCCGGCUUUCAUGCCAAAGUUAAAGCCAAGAUCGACACCGAGGUUAAAGCUUGGAAGGACGCCAAAUACAAGAAAGCUAAUUGAAGGGUCGAUCAUAUUGAAAUGAUGCCAACUUAUUUAUUAUUCGAAAAAAGUCGAUGAUAUAAAACUAUAUUUUUAUAUUGCGAACCUAUAAUAAUAAUAAUAAUAAUAAUAAUAAUAAUAAUAUAUACAUACAGAUUUUUGUAUAUAUUGGACAUUGGUUGGCAUCGGUGUGAAUUAAUAAUGUGAAAAUCACCCCUUUUUUUAUCAUAA